AUGGCCGGUAUGAACAAUGACAUCAUUGUUUUACAAUCUUCGGGUCUUUUCGACGAUGUCAUAGAUGGUGUUGCACCAAAUACUUCAUUUUAUGCAAACGACGUGGAGGACAAGUAUGGUUACUAUCUUGUCAACGAUAUUUAUCCGGAGUGGGCAACGUUGGUGAAAACUCUUUCGUGUCCAGAUGACGAGAAAAGAUUGUAUUACAAGAAGAAACAAGAUUCGUCAAGAAAAUAUGUCGAGCGGGCUUUCGGUGUAUUAAAAAAGAGAUGGUCUAUCAUUGCCCAGCCGUCGAGGAUACUAGAAAAGAAUAAAAUGAGAAACGUCAAGUAUAUGUGCAUCAUCUUGCAUAACAUGAUAUCGGAGGACUCAGGCAGAGCGUUUUGUGGUGAAAGUUAUGAUGAAGGUAACCAACCGACAAACCCACUACUCACAUAUGCUCAAAAAGAAGUUAUCUAG